AUGGCCGCCGGCAGCCGGAGAUUGCUAUCCACCGGCGAAAUCCUCCAAGUCGCCAAGGCAAGGUUCCUCCAGCUCUCCUCCCAACACCGCAUCGACCUCUCCAAGCUCAAGCACUUCUUCGACGCCUCCCAAUUCAACCUCUCCGGCGACGAAAUCAAGGACGUCGAGCUCGUCCUCCUCCUCCUCGCUUCCGCCCACAAAUUCGCCUCUCGACAGAUCGACCAGUCCACCAAAUUCCUCAGCUGGUGCCAGUUCCUCUCGUCCCCGUCGGGCUCCCCGGCCCAGCGACUCGUCCACUUCUUCACCAAAUCGCUGCAGGAACGAAUAGACCGCGAAAUCGGCAAGGAAGACAUGGAACAGGAUGAUGAUCGGGGCCGUCAGAUGAAGCAGUCUUGUCCGAAUCUCGCCUUAAUCGCUUGCUCGUUGCAGCUCCCCUACAUUCAGGUCACGCAAUUUGCGGGAAUCCAGACCGUGGUGGAAAGCGUGGCGUCCGCUAGGAAAGUACACUUCAUCGAUCUCGCGAUUCGCAGCGGCGGACAAUGUACGGUCCUGAUGCAGGCGCUGGCGAACCGACAGGGAAUUCCCGUCGAGAUGCUGACGGUGACCGCGGUGGCGACGGGGGAUUCGGAGCGGCGGAGCAUCGAGGAGACCGGGAAGCGACUGGCGAGCUUCGCCGAGACGAUGAACAUCCCCUUCCGUUUCAAUUGCGUGACGGUGGCCGGCGGGUUUAGGGAUUUGAAAGAAGAAAUGUUCGAAAUCGGCGGCGGAGACGGCGGCGGAGGCGGUGAUACCGCCGUUGCCGUUUACGCGUGGGAUAUUAUGAGGAAUGUUCGAGCUCAGCCGGAAGGUCUUGAUUCGCUGUACGGAGUCCUCCGAAAUCUGAACCCGUGCGCCAUCGUGGUCACGGAAUUCGAGGCGAACCACGACUCGACGGAGUUCGUCGAGCGGUUCGACGGCGCGAUCACGCUGUACAGCGCGCUGUUCGAUUGCGUCGACGAUUGCUUGGACCGAUCGGACGGCGACCGGGGGAUUUUGGAAUCGACGGUUGGGAGGGAGAUUCGGGACGCGGUGACGGUGGUGGACGAGGACGAGCGGGUUUUCCGGCCGAUGAGGGUGGAGGAGUGGCGGGAUUACUUCUCCAGAGUUGGUAUGGUGGAGCUGGAGAUUAGUACGUCGUCGUUUUAUCAGGCGGCGCUGCUGGUGAGGAAUUUUGCCUCUGGGGAUUCGUGUACGGUGGACAGGGACGGGAAGUGUUUGAUCACCGGCUGGAAGGGGACGCCUUUGCUGUCGGUGUCGGCCUGGAAGUUUUACCGGCAGGUGCCGAAGAGAUUGCGGCCGAAGAAGUUCGUGUAA